AGCGAGGCGUGCGAUGACCUGGAGCAUCAAGAAUCGUGGCGAUCGUGCCUCGAACGGCGCCGGCGACUCGAGGAGCGAGGUUGGCGGGGUCGACGACCCGCAGCGGCGCCCAAGUACGCCCUGCCCGAGAUCGACGAGCCACCAGACGUCGAGGAGGAGAUGCAGUUGUACAGCGACGACGACGCGGAGGAGCUCGACGUCGACGAGAUCGAGGAGAAGAAGCCGCCCCGGAAAGCGCGAGAGACGCACACGUGGAACCUACGUCGCACGAGCAACCUCCAGAUCCUCGUCGCCGCCUGCGGCGCUCCUCUCGCCUGGACCAAGUUCUUCGACGGCGAGUCCGCGUCCGAGGUGUCGCGUUUCCUAUCCUCCGUCCACGAUCAGCAGGGGACAUCCUUCCCUACCUACAUCGCCUACGACCGUGCCUGCCAUGUCCUCCGUCACGUCCUGUCGACCACCCCAUCCCUCCCUCCCUUCCUGUCCUCGACCCGCCUCGUCGUCACCGCCUUUCACAAGCGCAUUCACCCGGCCGCCGACACCUUCUGCGACGAGUUCUGCACCCCGACGCCGCUCGAUGGUCAGGCGCAGGACCUCGUCGUGCCGUUUCGGCCAGCUACUCGUGGCGGCAAGUUUCGACGCGGCUCUUCCCGGACGUUCGAGCGGGCGUUCAACACCUCUGCCGCAGAGCAGCUCAACUCGACGAUCGCGCGGUUCGGCAAGCUCCUUGCGACGCUGCGCGCGGACAACUUCGACUUCCUCGUUCACGUUCUGCUUCGCUAUCGGCGGGACAAGGUAGAGGGAAAGACAACGUAGCGGUUUUUGCAGUUCAAGCGAUUCUGUGCGGG